AUGUUUUUCACAAAGAGUUAAAGAGGAUUCAAGAUUCUUAUACUACUUAUAAUAGUAGUAAUCCUUCUUAUUGAGAAUUCUAUUGCAGGUCCAGUUUGUAGCUAAGUCUGCUUAGAAUGCGUUAAUCCAUUACAGAUAUCAAUUCUGUAGAAAGGUAGUUGUAUUAAAUAAUGCGAUUCUAGUUCCUUCAGUUCUCUCUUAUCGCCUUGCUAUUAGUUUUCCCCAAAUAGUAUCACAGUUAAUAAUAUUACAAUAACAUACAAAAACAUAAAUUAAUACAUUUAGCGACCUUUAGUUUUCGAAAAUAUCCAGCAGCUAUCAAUUUAUAAUAUCAUAAUCUAUAACGUUACUAUUUCAAGAUAGUAAUAAAGUACAAUUCCAUUUCUUUUUGGAAUAAAUAAUGUCUAUAGAGUGAGUAUUAACAAUUUCGUUAUAAACUAAAGUCAAAAUCUUCCUACAAUCAUAAGAGCAUAAUCUAUUUUUAACAUCUUUUAUCUGCAACUAAUGAAAAUUACAUAUUCAUCUUUCUAUGCUGUUUAAAAUGCAUUUUAGAUUAUUAAUGGCAACAUACUCUAAAUAUCUCAAAUAUCUGCUGAAAAUGUGUCUCUAAAUAUUCUUAAAAAUGACGUUACUGAAGAAAAUCAAUACUAUUAAUAAAUGUAGUCAAGUAAUGUGCUUUACACAAACUGGAUACCACCUAAGCAUUUAGCCUUGUUUUAGUCUAACAGCGUUAAAUAUGUUAGUAUUGAGUAGGCAUAUUUUAAUAAAAAUUAUAGAAUCUCUCUAUUGGAGUGCUACAAUUACUACUUCAAUAAUCAAUAGUAGAGUUUAAUUCAAACAAGUAUUUCUAAUGUGACUUUAACAUAAAUUCAGGCCUAUUAAAACUUAUAAGCGAAUAUAUACAUUGGGUAAACUUAGCAGCUGAAUGUGAUUAGGUCAACAUUUGCUAAUAAUAUAUGCCAAAACUGUUAAGGAACAGCCAUUUAUACAAACGGGACUUCUUCUUUAUAAAUUAUCUAAUCUUUGUUUAUUAACAACACAGCUCAAGAUGGAGGAAGCGUCUACAUAAAGAAUAGUAAAUGCUCACAAGUACCUGCUACCUGUAAUUAAAUUUCUAGUUCAGAGUUUACAUUAAAUCAAGCCAUUGCUUCAGGUGGAGCCCUUAUGCUUGAUAACUCAGAUAUCCACUUUUUAACAGGUAAAAUUGGUAACUUAUUUUAUGAAAAUAGUGCUUUAAUAGGAGGUGCAAUAAGAUAUAUUAACUAUGUGCCUUACUACUUUUAAAGGUACGCUGAAUAAAAACUUUUCAACAUAAAUUACAAUGACAAUAAAUUAGCUCUUGUAGUAUUCAACAACUAAGCAAUGCUCUUUGGUAGAAAUAUAGGUUCUUAUCCAAGAGAUUUUAAAAUUGAUUAUGAUAACCCUAAAGAAAUCACUCAUGAUAAGUUUGAAAAUAUGAAUAAGCUACUUCUAUUUUAAAAUUCUUCACUUUUAAGAAGUUUCGAAAUAAAAAAUAUUAGGAGUGGCUAAACUCUACCACUUUAGGUAAUUUUUUUGGAUGAAGAAAAUUUUCCAGUUUAUCUGAGCAUCAAUAAAACUCUUCCAGCUUCAAUUAGGACAGAAAUCGAUCCAUUUUACGUAACUGCUUAUAACCUAAACAACAUUACUGCUAUUGAUGGUGAUUAUCACAAAAGAUCUAAUAGCAUUACUAAUGGGCUCAUUUAGUUUGAUAACUUAUAAGUUUAUGCUCGCCCAGGUACUUCAACGAUGAUAAGUUUAAUAACAAAUAUAAUUAAAAUACCCUAAGCAGACCAUUCCUAUGAUAAUACAAAAACUUUUGACAUGAGCAUAAAAAUAAAAAUGAGGCUUUGCAAGCAAGGAGAAAUAUACUCAUUGUAUAAUAAUUAAACAAUAUAUUACUGUUAACCUUGUGGAUUUGGAGAGUAUUCAUUAGUAUUUCCAAAAUUAGAUAACUCUGUUUAGGUUUGCUAGUUAUGUCCUAAAAGCUCUGCUGGAUGUAUGGAAAAUUUAAUUAUAUUACAGAAUGGGUUUUGGAGAAAGGAUGAGAACUCUGAUUAAAUUUUUGACUGUUACAAUAACCAAGGAAACUGUCUUGGUCAAAUUAAAGACAAUUCUUAAUUGUGCAAAGAAGGUCACAUUGGUCCUCUUUGCGAGACAUGUGAUCUUUCAGGAAAACACUGGGGUUAAAGAUAUGUUCAAGGAAAUGGAUAUGAUUGCUAGCCAUGCAAAACAUAAGGUGCCUUAGAAAUUGGGAAGACUAUCUUUUUUGUUGUGUUUAUAUUUUGUUAUAGCUAUAUAGGCAUGUACACAACUUAAGAUAUGAAUUAUAAAAUUCUUGUUGCUGAUUAUCUUAGAAAAUUUGAAAUGCUUUCUAUUUCAAAGUCUGCUAUUUAGGAUGAAACUCCAUUUUAUAUUAAGGCUUGUACUAUUUAUUUAUAAAUUUAUUCAGCAAUAAAUAAAAUCAAUGUUGAUCUCAUAUAAACAGCUAUGCAAACACCAUCUGUCAUAGCCUUCCCAAUAGAAAGUUUGAAAAACGUCUUGGAUUGUAAUAUAGCUCCUUUCUUAGAAAAAUAAAACUAUCCAAUGUCUUUUAUAAAAAUGAUUUAUGGGCCAUAUUUUUCUUUCUUUUUUACUUUGUUAUUUGCUAUUGUUGAGUUUUUCAAAUGCUAAAUAGAAUAAAAAUAACAUAUGACUAUUUAUUAGAGCUUGAUGCAUGGAGUUAUUUACUAUCAGAUAUUCUUCCUGCCUUCCAAUAUUAAGAAUUUUUUUUCAGGACUUUUCUGUCGCUAAGUAGGAACUGAUAACUAUGUAUAAUCUGAUUUGUUGAUUUCUUGCUAUACAUUUGAAUAUUGGUAGAAUGUACUUUUGCUGAUUAUAAAUAAUGGACUUUUUAUCUUUUUUAUAUUUUCAUACACUUUUUUAGAUAUGCGAAGCAGUAAUAGACAAGUAACUAGCAUUAGACUCGCAUAUGGCUUUUUGUUUGUAGGAUAUAAGCCAAAGUAUUACUAUUGGGAAUUUGUAAAAAUCUUUUUCCGUUCUUUUAUCAUAGUUCUUGUUUGUUCUUCUUCCUACGAAGGCUCUACCUUUAUUAACACCGCCAUUAUAAUUUUACUUGCUCUAAUUGCUUUGUUUGUCCUAACUUAGUUUAUGAAACCUCAUGAUAGAGAUAAAUUUAACUAGCUAGAGAAUAAAAGCACAUUUUUCUUAAUAUUAAUACUAAUUUUCAAUAUUUUUAUUAAGAAUAGCUAAAAUGAGUAAAUGGAGUCAAUUGGAAAAAUAGUGAUAGCAGUUAUUCAUUGCUCAUUUUUUAGUUAUAUGAUAUUAAUUAUCAUUUUAACUAAAAUACAAGCAAAAAAUGGAGUUGAAUAUAAUGGCUUUAUUGGUUAUUUAAAAAGAAAAUUCCCAAAGCUUUUUAAUCAAGUUUAAUUUGAUACUCUUGAUAAAUCAAGAGUUUCUAAAAAUUGGAAAAAGCUCAUUGAGAUAUAUGCCUAUAAAAAUGAAUAAAAGAAAAGCAGUAAUUGUAUGAAGAGAACAUUCUUUGGAUCAAUAAACAAAAAGUUACAAAGGAGAAGGACAUUGUACUUUGAUUAAUUGCAAUCCUUGUAGAAUUUUUAAAGGAGUUUAGGUAUAUUAAGUUAGGGGAAUAAUAAUAGUUUCUAACAAAGUAGUUAUAGCAGUAACGAUAAGAACCUAAAACAAAUCUAGCAAAAUAUAAAUAUGCCAAAUCAGACAGAGGCAUACUAAAAUUAAAUUAAACUGCAAAAAAUUCUUACAGAAAAAUAAGAAUCUACAUUUUCUAAAUAAUAAUGCAAUUCUAACACCUAGCGAGAAUAAUCCUCAAAUUAAACAUCUUUUGCUCAGGAAUCUCCUAAAUCAUAUAUAAACUCUUUCUAAAAAGCUCUGUAUAGCAAUUUACAAAAGUAAGAUUCAAUAACAAAUUUUGGUUAGAUCUCUAUAAACUUAAAUUAAAAGUAAGAUUAGUAAGAUGAUAAAGACAGAUAAGAUUGA